AGGAAAAGUGUAAAAUAGUGGCUUUGAUCAUAUUUUGUUGUUUUCCACAAAAUAUGGCCACCGCGUUAGCAGCCCAGGAUCCUCACCUGUCAAGGUGUACGAAAGCUGGCAAGAACGGGCCAACAAAGACAUCUGAAGCCAAGACGCGCGUGAAGAAGGAUGACCUCGGUCUCUGGAGGAAGCGAGUGGGGGAGGCCUCUGCGUUCGCUCUGUCCGAAGUCUUGCUCCCCAACAAAGGCCGUUCAGGGGGUCUGGCCGAGGCGCUGCGAAGCUUGGAGCAGUGGAGGGACGAGGACGACACCAACACUGAAGCUCAGCUGCUUCUGGCGGACUGGCUGGACAGGACCUUGCAGCUGGAGCUGGAAGGCGAGGAGGAGGACAGGAUGGGUGGGAUCUGCACGGCACCGACUCCCAACUUGAAGUACAACAACUUUGACGAUCUCUACACGCACCUGGACCAGGAGGAAGAGCACCGCGCCGUCAGCAACUUCCUGCACGACCUGCAGGAGCAGGAAGUGCUGGACGCUCGCACCAUGGAGCAGCUGACACAGGACGCCAGGCACAGGAAGUUCAACGACCCCCUGGUCACCAUGCAGGUGCGCCACCAGCAGGUGCGCGAGAAGAGAGCCCGGCGGGACGCAGCCGGCGAGGAGGCCCGGAGGAGGGAGCGGGAGCUGGAGGAGAGGAGGAAGAGGCAGGAGGCCAGGAGGAGGCAGGAGGAGAUGGUGCAGCAGGAGAUAGUCCGACUGCGGCGCCAGAGGGAGGAGAGGAAAGGCCUGGAACUGCUGCUGAGGCGGAGGGAGCGUCUGGAAGGUCAAAGAACAGCCAGGAGCCUCCAACCGGCUCUUCCAUCUCCCACAAUGCACCAGGAUAAAAAGUCGCCCCCAGGGGAUACAGAACGGCGGCAAGAAAAGAGGGUUGCGAUCUUUGUUCACCUGGGCAAGCUGAAGUGUCAGCGCCAGCAUUUCUCCCGAUGGUACUCGCUGGUGCUGGAGCGGAGGCUGCGUGCGGGCAAGGCCAAGGCCUUGUGUGACUGGAGGUGGCAGCUGAGAGCCUGGCGAGGGUGGCGUGCCGUGGCGUGGACCCAGAGGAACCAGCGAGAAGCCUUGAGGGCCGAGGAGGCGCUGCGGACAGAAAACAGGCGAUGCCAGCUGGCUGCCGAGAGCGACCGCAGACGGUUGCUACGGCGAUGUCUGCACGAGUGGCGGCUGCGGUGCCGGCUGGAGCGAGACAAGCGGGACCUGUUGGCCCAGCAGCGCGAGACCCGGAUCAAGAUGGACGCCCUGAUCUGCGCCGCCACCACGGGCCGAUUCCGAUCCCCCAACAUGCUGGACGCCCUGGUAGAACCCCACAAGCACCCUACAAGCCGGCGCUCUCAGCAACGGCAGCAGGUUCCACGCUGCCGUGCGCAGCUGGAUAAGCGCCGGCCGGGCCCAGAGGAGGACCUGACCCGCCCAGAGGAGGACCUGACCCGCCCAGAGGAGGACCUGACCUGGCCAGAGGACCUGCAGGGAGGCCACUUCCAGCACCGCCACGCGGCCCAGAAGAAGAUCAUCUUGCAGCAGAGGAAGCGUCUGAAGGAGCAGCAGGAGGAGAUCACUCAGCUCAAGCAGGACAAGGUCACGUCCACCUGGGAGGACAAGAGCAGCAGAGCACCAACACAAGCAGCAAAACCUGACAGCCUCCAGGAAUCUGCAAAGAAAGAUGUGACACGCCAGACAAAACAUCAUCCAAUCAUCACUGCCAUGGAGGAGCGAGCGCGCGCUCGUGCAGAGAGGAGGAAGCAAAUAGAAGAAGUGCAGAGGGUCAAGCAAGAGGAGAGAGAGGCGGAGCUGCAGGCUGCAAAGGAGCAGAAGUUGAGGGAGGAGGAGAUGGAGAAAGUGAAGAAGAAGGAGGAGAAAAAGUUGGCCAUAAUUAAGGAGGAGGAGAAGCGGCGGCAGAGCAGGAAGCAGCAGCAAGCGGUAGAGCACGCCCGCCAACACUACAACACCCGCUUGUUAGGCCACCGAGGUCUGGCGCCAUGGAAACGCCUCAUGGAGCUCAGGCAGGCCAACUCAGAGCUGGCGUGGACUCAUCACGCCGCCGCCCUCCUGAGGCGAUGCGUGCUGGCGUGGAUGCAAUCAGCCGCAGACUCGCAGGCCCAGAAAGAAGCUGACGCCCAACAACUCCAUCAGAGGAUCCUGCUUCGGAGGAGCUUCACCUGCUGGAAAAAACUGCAGGACCAGCGCUUGCUGCAGGAGCAGAAGUCCGACUCUUUCUACCGCGCCCACACUCUCAGGAGGUUCCUGCACGCCUUGCUGGACCAGGUGGCCCAGGAGAAGUUGCUGGAGCAGGAACGUCAAGACAUGGCCAAGGAGCACGACACAAGAGCGGCGCUAUGGCGAGCUUUCCAGGCCUGGAAGCGGCUCCCGCACGUGCAGCGCAAGGAGCGAGAGAGGGAGCAGCGGCGGGAGAGACUGGGUCGCAAAGUGAUCGAGGUUCUGCCCGACUUCUGGUCUCGUCCUCAGUGAAGGCUCCGUGGUGCCACACAAACUCCUCAGUGACAUAACACAUUAUCACAAGAGAACCACCAGCCAGGCCGGCCAUCGACAGGAACCCCAGACCCCGGGCCCACCGGCACAGCAAGCAGCAGGCCACAGACAGACGUGCCCGGCAGAGAACAAGGCACGGGAGAAGCAGAGACAGCCAGCCCCCAAGCCAACGACCAGCUACCUGCAACCUAACUCGGUUGGGCCCGCAGGUGUAGAACAUGUUAGUCAGGAAUGAUCAGCCAGACAAAAACUAAUGACACUUGUUCACCGGCGAGGAGAAGAGGAUCAGACUCAAGAAGACGGAGCAAGUGGUCCAGAACUAACCAAGAUAGUGAGGGAAAUAACGCUGGUUUUCUUUAAAACGUAAUACAACUAUGGCAGGUGAUAUUUUGUUUGUUUGCAUCUCAACAGUUGUUUUUCUCACUACCAUAGGGUGAAACUAUCCUUUCCCAGGCACACCCUCCUGGUUUUGGAGUAUAAAAUAUUUGGGGUUUUGGCACUAACCGCUGGACGAGAUGUGACCCAUCUAAGUUUAAGCCUAGAUGGGACCAAUCUAAGUCUAAGCCUAGAUGGGACCAAUCUAAGUCUAAGACUAGAUGGGACCAAUCUAAGUCUAAGACUAGAUGGGACCAAUCUAAGUCUAAGACUAGAUGUGACUAAUCAAAGUCUAAGACUAGAUGUGGCCUAUCUAAGUCUAAGACUAGAUGUGACUAAUCAAAGUCUUAAGACUAGAUGUGACCAAUCUAAGUCUAAGACUAGAUGUGACCAAUCUAAGUCUAAGACUACAUCUGACCAAUCUUAAUGUCAGACUACAUCUGAACAAUCUAUGUCUAAAACUAGAUGUGACCAAUCUAGGUCUAAGACUAGAUGUGACCAAUCUAAGUGUAAGACUAGAUGUGACUAAUCUAAGUCUAAGACUAGAUGUGACCAAUCUAAGUCUAAGACUAGAUGUGACCAAGCUAAGUCUCAGACUAGAUGUGACCAAUCUAAGUCUAAGAUUAGAUGUGACCAAUCUAAGUCUAAGACUAGAAGUGACCAAUCUAAGUCCAGCAGAUGACAUGGCACCCCAAACCAUCACUGAUGGUGGAAACUUUACACUAGACUUCAGGCAACGUGGAUCCUGUGCCUCUCCUGUCUUCCUCCAGAC